CUCAUCUCUUUCUUCUUUUUCCUUAGCUUUCUUCUCAUUUCACCUCGUUUCUCCCUUUCCAAAUCCUAAAAAUAAACUUUUAGGUGGUCACCUGUCUUCAAGUCCAACACCAGCAGCAUGGCGGCAGCUGGAAUCUAUGCAACGAGGAUGGAAUGUUUUCGCAGCUCAAACAAGAAGCUCCGAUCAACAACCCAUACUAUUGAGGAUGUUGGUUCACUUCUUCUGGAGGUUUAAGCAGCCAUGUGCACCCCUAAAUGAACUGAAAGUUGAGCUGUGGGUGGGCAGCUCGGGCGAGAUGUGUGGUGGCACCUUCAAAGUUGGCUAAGUCUAAGAAAGAGAGUACUAGCAUCCCAAGAGUUGGGAGUACUGCUAGCUGGUCUGAGCAUUACUCAGCCAAAUUUCACCCAAGCUCAUCCCCCAAACUUAAACCAAGUUUUAUGCUAAACUGUAGCAAGACCUUUAAACUGUACCAAGUCUCCUUAUUUGAGGAGUCAACCCCCUAUUGCACCGGAAUAGGUGAGCCUUUGUUGGACUCAUCUGAUGGGAAUGUUGUAGAGAUAUUUUUUAAAUUUCCCAUGAACCAUUAUAAGUUGUGUGCACUUGUAUUCUAGCUCCGCACCCGGUUUGCAUCGAAGGUAUGGGUUUCAAUUGAUUUUGUGCGUUACUACCUCGACUCCCUGCGCGUGAACACUCCAUUACCACUGCAAUCUCUACUCCAUUUUUUGUCUUUGUUGUACUCCUAGUUCUUAUGAGAAAUCCCAUGCUCUUCACGUAUGUCUUGUAAAAAUCAUACACGGC